GCGGCGGGGCUCGGCUGUUCGCGCGGCGGGUGCGGCCAUGGCGCAACCGGGGAAGCUGCUCAAGGAGCAGAAGUACGACCGGCAGCUGAGGUUGUGGGGUGAUCAUGGGCAAGAGGCUUUAGAAUCUGCUCAUGUUUGCCUAAUAAAUGCAACAGCAACAGGAACUGAAAUUCUUAAAAACUUGGUACUACCAGGUAUUGGUUCAUUUACAAUUAUUGAUGGAAAUCAGGUCAGCGGAGAAGAUGCUGGAAAUAAUUUUUUCCUUCAAAGAAGCAGCAUCGGGAAGAACCGAGCUCAAGCUGCCAUGGAAUUCUUACAAGAAUUAAAUAACGAUGUCUCUGGGAAUUUUGUGGAAGAGAGUCCAGAAAACCUUCUAGACAAUGAUCCUUCAUUUUUCUGUAGGUUUACCAUUGUGGUUGCAACUCAGCUUCCUGAAAGUACAUUACUACGUUUAGCGGAUGUCCUCUGGAAUUCACAAAUACCUCUUCUGAUCUGUAGGACAUAUGGACUAGUUGGUUAUAUGAGGAUCAUUAUAAAAGAACAUCCAGUAAUAGAAUCUCAUCCAGAUAAUGCAUUAGAGGAUCUACGACUGGAUAAGCCAUUUCCUGAACUGAGAGAACAUUUUCAGUCUUAUGAUUUGGAUCGUAUGGAAAAAAAGGAUCAUAGCCAUACUCCAUGGAUUGUGAUCAUAGCCAAAUAUUUAGCACAGUGGUAUAGUGAGACAAAUGGACGAAUACCUAAAACAUAUAAGGAAAAAGAAGACUUCAGAGAUUUGAUUAGACAAGGAAUUCUAAAGAAUGAAAAUGGGGCUCCGGAAGAUGAAGAGAAUUUUGAGGAAGCUAUUAAAAAUGUGAACACAGCCCUAAAUACAACUCAGAUCCCAAGCAGUAUUGAAGAUAUAUUUAAUGAUGAUCACUGCAUAAAUAUCACCAAACAGACUCCAUCAUUUUGGAUUUUAGCUCGUGCCUUAAAGGAAUUUGUGGCCAAAGAGGGUCAAGGAAAUUUACCUGUUCGAGGCACAAUUCCUGAUAUGAUUGCAGAUUCAAGCAAAUAUAUAAAGCUGCAAAAUGUUUACCGUGAAAAAGCAAAGAAAGAUGCUGCUGCUGUGGGUAAUCAUGUUGCCAAAUUGUUGCAGUCUAUUGGCCAGGCACCAGAGUCCAUUUCAGAGAAAGAAUUAAAAUUACUCUGCACCAAUUCUGCAUUUCUUCGAGUGGUAAGAUGUCGAUCCUUAGCUGAAGAAUAUGGCUUGAAUACAAUUAACAAGGAUGAAAUAAUUUCCAGCAUGGACAAUCCAGAUAAUGAAAUAGUAUUAUAUUUAAUGUUACGGGCUGUUGAUAGAUUUCAUAAACAACAUGGUAGAUAUCCAGGAGUAUCUAACUACCAAGUUGAAGAAGACAUAGGAAAGCUGAAGUGUUGUCUCACUGGCUUCCUUCAGGAAUAUGGAUUAUCUGUAAUGGUGAAAGAUGAUUAUGUCCAUGAAUUUUGCCGAUAUGGAGCUGCUGAGCCACACACCAUUGCUGCAUUCUUAGGGGGAGCUGCUGCUCAGGAGGUUAUCAAAAUAAUCACCAAACAAUUUGUAAUUUUUAAUAAUACUUACAUUUAUAGUGGCAUGUCACAAACUUCAGCAACUUUCCAGUUAUAGAAUAAGCACCCCAUGUAGUGUGUUAAUGAUUUAAACUGUACUUGCCUUCAGUUUGUGCUCUAGUCUGUAAACUUCUAGUAAGGGAGAACUGUUAAAUUGUUUCCUUAAUAAACAUUUUUCUCAUUUGUAAUAA